CUCUGUUUUCGAUUAAAAGUAUCAUUUCUCUCUCGAUAUCUUCCGACAUUGAUCGCCGGACAAAAAAAAAACCCAGUUCUUCAAAUAACCGGUCACUUUCUCCCAAAGAUCUCUUGGACCAAUCCGAACGCUCAGGAUUCUCAUGCUUGAUCCAAUUUGAGACUUGUCUUCCACUGAAUCUCUCCACCUAGGGUUUAUAUUUAAGGGAAUCAACUAGGCUUUGCGAUGUUUAAGAAGAUCAUGAAAAGCGGGAGCCGAAAGACCUCCCGAAACGACGCCGCCGAUGAUCCCAUGUUCGGAUUCGAUCCCGCCUCCACCAAUAUGGUUGUGAACCACGCAUCUCGCCCUUCUUCUCCCGCCACCCCCAAACAACAACAACCUCCUCCAAUGCACUCAAUCGAGCCUCUCCCUCUAUUCAGAGACGUCCCACCCCACGAGCGCCAACCCCUCUUCCUCCGAAAACUCCAAAUCUGCUCCUUCCACUUCGAUUUCACCACCCCCCUCCAAAACUUGCGCGAAAAAGAGAUAAAGAGGCAGACUCUACUCGAGCUAGUCGAUUUCAUCCAAUCCAAAACCACCACCAUCACCGAGCUCUGCCAACAAGAGAUGGUCAAAAUGAUCUCCCUCAACAUCUUCCGCUCCCUCCCUCCCUCUCCCCACGGCCAACAAUCCCCCCUCCUCGCCGCCGACCCCGACGAAGACGAGCCUUACCUAGACCCCGCCUGGCCUCACCUCCACCUCGUCUACGAGCUCCUCAUCAGAUACCUCCUCCCUUCCGACACCACCGACACCAAGAUCGCCAAACGCUACAUCCACCACUCCUUCGUCUCCAACCUCCUCCACCUCUUCGAGACCGAGGAUCCGAGGGAGAGAGAGUACUUGAAAACCAUACUCCACAGGAUCUACGGGAAGUUCAUGGUCCACAGGCCGUUUAUCAGGAAAGGCAUCAACAACAUAUUCUACCGGUUCGUCUACGAGACCGAGAGGCAUUCCGGGAUCGGGGAGCUUCUGGAGAUUCUCGGGAGUAUUAUAAACGGUUUCGCCUUGCCCAUGAAGGAGGAGCAUAAGCUGUUUUUGAUCAGGGCGUUGAUACCUCUGCAUAAGCCUAAGGCUAUCGCUGUCUAUCAUCAGCAGUUGGCUUACUGUGUCGUUCAGUUUGUGGAGAAGGAUUAUCGGCUUGCGGAUACUGUGAUUAAGGGUUUGUUGAAGUUUUGGCCCGUGACUAACUGUACGAAGGAGGUUCUGUUUCUUGGUGAGCUCGAAGAGGUUCUUGAGGCAACGCAGCCUGUUGAGUUCCAGAGGUGUAUGGUUCCGCUGUUUCGGCAGGUGGCUCGGUGCCUUAAUAGCUCUCAUUUUCAGGUUGCGGAACGAUCUCUGUUCUUGUGGAACAACGAGCAUAUUGUGGUUUUAAUCGCUCAGAACCGAAGUGUGAUACUUCCAAUCAUAUUCGCUUCCCUGGAGAAAAACACAGAGUCUCACUGGAACCAAGCGGUUCAUGGUCUAAGUUCGAAUAUAAAGAGAAUGUUUAUGGAGAUGGACCCUGAGCUGUUUGAAGAAUGUCAGCAAGAGUAUGAAGAGAAGCAAGCCAAAUGGAAAGAAGUGGAAGAGCAGCGCCAGAGUAGGUGGAGGAGAUUAGAUGAAGCAGUGGAAGAGCGUGAAAGAGUAGGAGGAGAAGAUCAUAUGAUCGUUUCUUAGAAAAAAUACCAAAUCAACUAAUACUAUUCUUUCUUUCACUUUCUCUUCAUUACCUCUAAAUUAUAUUACAGUUAUUAAUAUAUUUUCUUCCUUGUGAUAAUUUUGGCUGUCUAUAAGUUAUAGACUAUAACUGUCAGUACAUUUUUGUAGUGCUAAUUCUUAUUGCCUAAUAAAAUUAUGAAACUAUGUCACUAACUUACUAUA